CCUAAUUAACUGCCGGCUCGUCAGACCGUCGAUUUCAGUGUUCGCUGGUCAUCGGUUGAGUUAGCACGCUUGCCACUCUCACCCGCACGCCAACUGAAGCCGCAAUGCUGUCUCUCCUCCUCGCGCUGCUCGCAGGCUCCGUGGCCGCCCUGAAGGUGAAGCCCUUGGCCAUCGUGGACGAUCAACAGUACAUUUCCUACGGCCUCGGUCCUUCCGAGACCAACAGCGUCCUCCUGUGCAACUACACGCUGGGCGAGGGCCAGGAGGUGUCCGGGGUCCUCUGGGAGAUCCUGAAGGAUGAAAGCUCGGCCGGAACCUUCGAGUGGAAGCCCAACGCCCCUGCGACCGCCACAGGUCUCCUGAAGGACAAGGUGAACCUCGAACGCGAUGACAGUGAUCUGGAACUGACCACGCUGACCUAUGAGCUGAGCGCCAACUACAGCUGCACCGUCACUGCCGACGAUGGCACCACGGCGAGUGCCAAGGACGAAAUACUGAUCAUAGACACCACCAGCAACCACAUCUACGAGACAAUCUUCCCGUCGGAGGCGACCUGCAGCAUCAGAAUCUCCGUAAGGUACUUCCCCGUGUUCCCGGAGCCGACCGUCAUCGCCGGCUUGUACUCGGAGAGCCUCGGCAAGUACUUCAGGGAGGUCGACGCCUGGGUCGCCGACCGCCAUCCCAACGGCUCCGUGGCUUACUCUUUCAGCGAUUAUGUUACUGAG